AUGGCAGCGGUCUCUGGCAUCCUUGCCGCUCACACGGCAAUCAUCGCUGCCGCCACAACAACCCAAGACUCUGGAGUUUGGCCCUACGUACCAUCUUUCGCUGUUUCGUUCAUCGCUGUAAUCCUAUAUUCUAUCGUUACCGCCUUGCUUCUUGCUUGCAUGGUGCAGUACAAGGCUUGCUGGUUCGUUGCGUUGAUUUUGGGAGUGGUGAUGGAGACAAUGGGGUUCGGGGCAAGAACACGUAAUACCCAAGAUCUGAACAACAAUGGCCUGUACAAGAUGCAGCUCUGCUGUACCAUCCUAGCACCCAUUUUCACCGCUGCUGCAGAAUACAUCCUCCUAGGCCGGAUAAUGGGCUACGUCGGGGGUGCAGCUGCUCUCCUCGCCAAGCCGGACGUGGAUUCCCAAAGCUCGCAAGCCACGAUCAAACACGCCCAAGAUCUCCUUAAUUUGGGAGACAACAUUCUGCUCGCCGGUCUGUGUGUGAACUUGGCCAGCUUCUUCGUUUUCGUUUUGCAGGUCAGAUACUUCGACUACAAAACCCGCCAAGAUCGCUCGGUUGACGGCGCAAGCUCCUCUACGCCCUUCUAUCGAGUGAUCGAGUUCUCUCAAGGCUGGUUCGGCUAUCUCCCGACGCACGAAGCCUACUUCUAUGGCCUGGACUCUCUGGUGAUCCUCCUCGCUUCAGCGGUGUAUAUCUGGUUCUGGCCCAGUAAGUAUAUCCCAGCGGACAAGCAUAUCCGCUUGGGACAGGACGGCAGAGAGUGGAGGGAGAUGACACCCCGGCAGAAGAAGGUGCAAGCUCUCGAGGAAGCAGAGCGACGGAAGGACGGAAGUGGGGAGGUGAGCGUUCGCGAGGUAAGAGAAGAGGGGGAUGUCGAGGCUCAGUAG